AUGAAUUCAGAGUCUCCUAAUCCGCACGGAAACACUCCGCAAGCCUCGGGUGUAUCGUCGAAUGGGGACGGCAAAAGAAAGGCGGGCCCAGAGAGCGGAACGCAGACGCGCGCAAAGCGGAAUCGGUAUAUUUCGAUUGCCUGCAACGAAUGCAAAAGACGAAAGAUCAAGUGCAAUGGACAGGUGCCUUGUCAACGAUGUGGGCAUCUCAAUCUUGAGUGUCUAUAUGCACCCAAUUGCUGCAACGGAAACUUCAAGGACUCCGAGGAAUUUCGGGUUAUGAAGGAGCAGAUUGACACUCUCCAAACCCAAGUCAACACUCUAUUUACUAGUCUGAACGAAUUGUCCACUUUAAAAACAUCGCUUGACUCGGUACCUCUUGACUCAUAUUCCACCGAUCCCUCUCGUACUGGGCCGAUUUCAACUUCCCAAGAGCAGCCUUCACCAGCAAGUCCGCCGCAAGCCAGGCAUCCUCGGUUUCAUGGCCCUACUAGUUCAGCUUUCAAUUUCGGUGUAGCUCGAGUGAGCCUCCGCGAUAUGGGCUUGACUUCUACUGAGAAUCCAAUCCACGAUGACCUCGCUGCAGCUGCUGAGGAGUCAUCGCUUCCAACAGCUUUGACUCGCCUGGCAGCAAUGCAUCCUACCAAGGACCCUAUAUGGGCGAUCACUCGAGAAGAGGCAGUUCGAUUAUGCAGAGUAUAUGAAGAAGAGAUUGGUCUGAUGUACCCUUUCUUCAACAUUGAAAAGGUCAUUUCACAAACGAAUCUUCUUUACAACUUUCUGGAAGCAGCAACGAGGACUGGCUUGACACAGACUCAAUUACCGGGACUAGACGGUUUGCAAGAUGACGAUUCCCUUAAUUUAAAAAUGAUUCUUGCUACAACAUUGGUCCUUGAGGGCGGAGGUCAGAGUACACUAGCACAACAUCUUUUUGACACUGUGAAGCCAGUGUUUUAUACAAAGACACUGGAACCCGCAAAUAUCAAAACAAUCCAGCUGUUUUCAAUUAUGGCUAUGUAUUACUUUCACACUGACAACGAACUGAUGUGUUAUCGUAUCACGGGUAUGAACGCUCGGGCAUGUCUCGAACUCGGGCUGCAUCGAUGGGAUGCAGUCAUAAAGGCCUUUCCAGCAGAAAGCGAUUGGACAGAGGUCACAAGACUGUUCUGGGCAAUCUAUAAUCUUGACCGACGGUUCAGUUUCGGCACAGGCUUGCCCUUUGCAAUUCCGGAUAGUGAUAUUGACCCUAGUCUUCCAGAGCCUGAUGAUUCACGACCGUACUCGAAGAGCAUGGUUGCAUAUGAUCGGCUUAGUUCAAAAAUAUGGUACUCUGGUGUGGGAUAUGAAGGAUCCACUGAUGUCAACAGAGAAGAGAUUGGAUUUCUCGAUUAUCAAGUUUGCCAGUGGUACAAGAACAUACCGGAAAGUAUGAAACUCUCGGUGGAUUCACCCGGUAACAACAACUCGGGUAAUCGAGGACUACAGCGGCUACGGGUGUUACUAUACCUUCGAAUGAAUCAUUUACGGAUUCUCAUUUAUAGACCAGUGUUGCAUUCGGCAUCAAGUAUUGUCGAGAACCAAGGACAUGCUCGUACGGUCGUUGAUAUUGCCAGAGACACCAUCCGAAUCCUUGCUAGACUCAAUCAGACGUCGGACAUCUACAGAACACAACAGAUAACUUUCAAUUGGUUUCUGGUAGCCGCGCUUGCAGUCUUAUUUCUUGCAGUAUGUCAUGCUCCUGGCGAAUUCAGCCGUGAGGUACGCGACGAAUUCUACCUAGCGCUUGACCUUAUCAAUGGCUUCAGCGCUCAUUCCUACAUCUCCAUGCGAUUAUGGAAUUCGAUCAAAGGACUUCGCAAAAUCGCUGAGAAACUUGGUGUAUUUGGUCGCAACACUGGAGCAGAUGCUCGUGACCCCCACUCAAGCGCAGCUGUUGCAAUGGCCGGCUUAGCCGGACAUCCCAUGGAGAACAUAUCGGUAUAUGGACCAGCAGUCGGCACCAUAUCUGAACUAGGGAAUAGCCCCAUGAACGGACUACAAAUCAGUCAUGAAUUGACCAAUCUUUUCGAAGCUGUCGGUGCAUCUAGUUCUUUUGGGGCAGAUAAUCUCAAUGGGUUUAUCUCGAAUGAUGGCGAUUUACAGAAUUCUGGCGAAGGCUUAGCCGGUGUUCUGAGCAGUGAUGCUGAAUUUUCGCGGAUAUUGAGUGGCCUCAUAUAA